CACACUGCGCUGCACUCAGAGAAACUUGAGUGAGUGAGUGAGAAUGGAGAGAAUACACGUGGCCGUACGCGCGAGGCCUCUCUCAGCAGAGGAGGCCAAGACCAGCCCUUGGCGAAUCUCCGGGAACUCCAUUCUUAUCCCCAACAACUCCUUCAAGUUCGAAUUCGAUCGGAUUUUCGGUGAAGAUUGCAAGACUAUCGAGGUCUAUCAGGCUCGAACCAAAGAAAUAGUCGCCGCAGCAGUUCGCGGCUUCAACGGAACUGUGUUUGCUUAUGGGCAAACAAACAGUGGGAAAACUCAUACAAUGCGAGGCUCGGCCACGGAGCCGGGAGUCAUUCCUCUUUCUGUCCAUGAAUUGUUCGAAACCAUUCAACAGGAUGUGGAUCGAGAAUUUCUUUUACGGAUGUCGUAUAUGGAGAUCUACAAUGAGGAAAUAAAUGAUUUGUUGGCUCCUGAGCACCGAAAAUUGCAGAUUCAUGAAAGUCUUGAGCGGGGGAUACACGUUGCUGGUUUGCGAGAAGAAAUUGUUGCCUCUCCCGAGCAAGUCCUUGAUUUCAUGGAGUUUGGAGAAUCUCAUCGGCAUAUUGGAGAGACAAAUAUGAAUCUGUACAGUAGUCGGUCACACACUAUCUUUCGCAUGAUAAUAGAGAGUCGGGACAAAAGUGAAGAUGAAGAUAUUGUCAGUUCUUGUGAUGCUGUCCGUGUAUCAGUUUUGAAUUUAGUGGACCUUGCUGGUUCAGAACGUGCUGCAAAAACUGGAGCAGAAGGUGUUCGGCUUAAAGAGGGUUCCCACAUUAAUAAAAGCUUGAUGACACUAGGAACUGUGAUUAAAAAAUUGAGUGAAGGUGCUGAGAGUCAAGGGGGUCAUGUUCCAUAUCGAGAUAGCAAACUUACACGCAUUUUACAACCUGCCUUGGGUGGAAAUUCAAAUACAGCUAUAAUAUGCAAUAUCACGCUUGCACAGAUUCAUGCAGAUGAGACUAAAAGCAGUCUCCAGUUUGCAAGCAGAGCUUUACGUGUUACAAACUGUGCUCGUGUGAAUGAGAUUUUAACAGAUGCUGCUUUGCUAAAGCGUCAAAGGAAAGAAAUUGAGGAGCUUCGAGCCAAACUGCAGGGUUCUCAUUCAGAGCAUUUAGAAGAUGAGAUCCUCAAUCUGCGGAACACAUUGCUACAGACUGAAUUGGAGAGGGAGCGAAUAGCUUUGGAAUUGGUGGAGGAAAAGAAAGCCCAAGCUGAAUGGGAGAGGAGGGUACAAGAGCAAGCCAAGAAAAUUGAAAACUUAAGCUCAAUGGUUUUGUAUUCAACUAGGGAUGAGAAUCGUGACCGUAAUAAAAAGGAGAAAAGGCGGGAUACGUGGUGCCCAGGAAAUCUUUCGCGAGAGGUUCUUAGGGAGGCAUCUUUCACUGUCCAAUCAACAGCUUCUGGUGUAAAACCUAAGAGACCCAAGCGUGAUAUGGGACCACUUCUUCCUUUUGAAGAACUGGUGAAUGAAAUUGAAGUUGCUUUGGAUGACUCUUGCAAACAAGAUGAAGAUGGUAAACAAGAUGAAGAUGGUAUAAGUAAUGCACUGGAAGACUGCUCUCUUCCGGAGCCAUGUGCUUUACUACAUGUAACAAAUAGGCGAAAAAUGCCACUCAGGAACAAAAGUUUACCCAUGGCGGACAAUGAGUUAGAGGAAAUGCAAGUGGAAUAUGAAGAUUUAUUUUUAAAAUUUGAGACUCAGAGAACUAUGGAUGAGAUACAAAUUGAUUUUUUAACCAGAAAGCUUAUUAGGGCUAAUUUUUGUUGGGUUGAAAAAUCAAAUGACUAUUCCAUGUAUCAUAUCAAUAAAGAUUCUGUUACUGGGGACAAAAAUGUUAGUAUAAGGGAGUCGGAGGCUAUUCUUGUGAUCAAGCGGCUUCAAGAGCAGAUUAAGAUGUUGGAAACGGAGAGGUCUUCGAGCCAGCAAAAUUUGGAUAGUAUUGUUGAGAUGGCGACAGAACAGAACAUAUGCGCUAGGGAAAAGUGUGAACAGCUCAAUGACGAGCUUCUACAUGCACGGGAAGAGGCUAGGAUGGCUCAUGAGCAACUUGCUUUUGGUGAAUCUGAGAGAAUUGAUGAUGGGAAUUCCGAUUUUGUUAUUAAGCUUUCAGUGGAAGUCCAAGAAUUGAUGUCAGAAGUCAAAAACUCGAAAGAAGUAGUUGAGAUUGCCUCAUCACUUACGGAUGAGGUUUCCAAGAGUUUUUCUGACCUUAUUGAUGUGUUCCUUGAUUUCAAGACUUUGAUCCACCAGAAUUCUCUACAACAAAAUUCAAUUAUUGGUAACCAUGAGAAGUUAACUUGUCACUUGAGCCAAAGAGUUUUUGGCCUUGAGAAUGAGAAGAAACAGAUAGAAAAACUAAUACUAGAUGCUCAACAUUCUGAAGAGUCCUUAAAAGAACUUUUGGAACAACGGGAUUUGGAAAAGGCAGAAUUUCUUUCUCAAAUUCAAACUCUUGAAAAAGAAAUAUCAAGUUUAUCAUCUUAUUCCUUGGCCAAGGAAAAGGAAAAUUUGAGAAAAGAUCUCGAGAAAACAAAAGCAAAGCUGAAAGAAACUGAGUUCAAGCUUAGGAAUGCAGUCCAGGAGAAAACCAAACUUGAGGGUGAGAAAGCAUCUGCUGAACGAGAGAUAAAACGGUUGCUUGGUCAGAACUCUCUUCUUGAGCGUGAUAUUAACAAACGUGAAUCAAUUGUGGGUAGAAGGCGUGAUUCGGUUUCUGACAGGAACUCAAAGGUGUUUGAUCCAAAAAGGGCAAAGGGUUUGGCUGUUCCUUUUGAACACACAUUGCAGGAAGAAAACAAACAACUGGAAGUUCUUGCAUUUGAAUAUGAGACAGAUAUUGCUUCUUUGGAAGAGGAAUUGGCUGCUUCAUACAGGGAAAAAGAAGAGGUUAUAUCUAGAAAUGAGGGUAUGGCUUCAGAAAUAGAAGCCCUGUCCGAACAGUUGAACAUAUCAAACAAGGAGCUGAAUGUGUUGCAGGAAGAGAUUUCAGCACUUAGUCAUUGUUUGGAAGAAUCUAAAUCCAACCAGCAAGAGAUGGAAAACUCUAUGAAAAAGUUGGUAGAAGAAAAGGAAGAGCUGGCAAUGCAACUGUCUGAUUCCCUUUUGGAAAUUGAGGAGGAAAGGGCAAUAUGGUCCGCAAAGGAGAAGGCUUCCAUUGAAGUCAUACAAGAGAAUACUAAGCUAUACAAUGUGGAGAUCAUGAUGUUAUCAGAAGGAAUGACAGAGGUGAGGAAUGAGUUGGAGUCCUGUAGAGAAGAAUGUAGGGUUCUCAAGGAAAGAUUGACUUCUUCUGAGGAGAAUGCAGAAUUGGAGAAGAAAUGGAGCAUGGAGAAGUCUUUAGAGAUUGGUCAGCUGGAAAAUGACAUAAAAGUAGCUAAUGUCAAGAGCAAACAAUCUCAAGAAAUGUUGAAGUCGAAUUUGGAGAUGCUCUCUGAAGAACACAAUCAUGCUUGCGACGAUGUGCAAAUGCUUAAGGAGCUUAAUUUUCUCAAAAAAGAACGAGAAGAAUUAUUGAUUCGCAUUAGAGAGUUGGAUACAAGAUCAGAACUUUCAAAUGACUUCCAGAAUCUUAAAGACCAACUUCUUUCUAUGACAAAGGAAAGGGAUAAAUUGAUGAUUCAGAUAGGAGAGCAGCAGAACCAUGUUGUUGAAGUGGAAUUCGUCAAAAAGCAUUGCAAUGACAUGUUAUCGGAGGCAAAAAUCCAAAUGGAGGAACUGACUAGGAAAAUUUCCAGCAUGGAAGUCAAGAUGCACAAUGAUGAAGUUGACAACAAGAAGGAAAUGGCCAAGCAGAGGAUGAGACUCCGUGGGACGCAAGCAAAGUUAGAUGCCUUCCGUAAUAGAUACAGGGAAUCAGUGGAGGAGUCGGAUCUCAUGAACAAGAGAUAUGAGGAGGCAGCAGGAAAGCUCAAGGACCGGUUGGCUUCCAAAGGAAUUGAGGUCCUCAACCUCAAGAAGCAGCUCGCUGCUGCUAUGGGGAAAUAAAUGGAAUUUCUCCAUGCAAUUAAAUUAUCCAACUAGUUUUCUUUUCCAGCAAAUUCUUCAAUUAGCAACCAUUGUAAAUAUUUGGUGGGUGAUACUAUCGGAACCUCAAUGUAAAUGUCAAUGCCAACCUGUACAAAACUCAAACAAACACCAAUACCAUGCUGCU